AAAACUUUCAACCUUUUCCAUUACGAGCCGCGCUCAGUUACGAGCGGACCUCUGACGGGAGCGGAACUUGAAAAAGUCCGCCCAACAGCCAGAACAGAGAUGAUCUUCUCGCGGAUCAGGAAUCUAGUGGCACCGCUGUGCUGUCUGUUGGUUUUGAGUAGUUUACUAGUGAACAAUGUAGAUUGUGCGAAAAAGGCUACCCCGAGCCCCUCGGACGCCACGAUCGAGGAAGUUUCGGCGAAACAAUUAGAACGGAUACUAGAGGAUAAGGAUUACGUCGCGGUGUAUUGGUAUGCACGCAGCUGUACGACAUGCGACACAGUAUUAGCCGAACUCGAGCACAUAGACGAUGACACCGAUUCGUUCGGUGUUGAUUUUGUGAAAAUCAACGACAAACGACUAGCGAAACAGUAUGGCAUCACGAAAUUCCCCGCCCUCACCUACUUCAGGGAAAAAGAACCCAUCAUCUACGAAGGGGACCUGAUGGAUGAGGCCGGCGUGCUUGAUUUCCUCACUUCCCUCGAAGCAAUGGAUCUGCCGGAUCGGAUCGAGGAGGUCAACUCCAAGAUUCUGUCGAAAAUCAUCGAGGACUCCGACUACGUAGCCGUUCUCUUCUGCACAAAUCACGAAAAUUGUCCACCCGGAAACAACAACAAGCCUGAAUGUAAAAAAUGCAUUAAGGCACUGCAAGAGCUCGAAAACAUCGACGAUGAAGCCGACGAACUAGACAUUGGCUUUGUGAAGAUCCACGAUGAGGAUCUUGCUGAAGAAUACAAUUUGGGACAACUUCCGAAGCUGGUAUACUACCGACAUCAGACCCCCAUCGUUUACGAGCAUGAACUUCAAAGAGAAGAAGAUGUCCUGGAAUGGCUCAUCGAAAACAAGGCCACCGGCGACGAUGACGAUGUUAUCGAGGAAGUCAACGCCAAAACACUGAAGACUUUGGUAGCCAACAUUGACAAUCUUGUCGUAUUAUUCUACGACGAAGGGGACGAAGAGUCGGAAAAGGUACUGCACGAGUUGGAAAACAUCGAUGACGACUGCGCCAAGCACGGGAUCCAAUUCGUUCGGAUCGAUGAUGCAAAGGUGUCCAAGGAGUACGGUAUCGAUGACAUCCCGGCUAUUGUCUAUUUUGAGAAGGAGAUUCCAAACGUCUACGACGAUGACCUCAGUGACGAAGAGGAAAUCCUGCAAUGGUUGUUGUCUCAGCUGGAGAAGGACGAGAUCGAGGAUGUUACCGACGAAAUGCUGGAUAAACUAAUCAAAGAGGGCAAGUCGGUUGCGGUCCUAUUCUAUGAUAACAACGACAAAAAAUCGGAGAAAAUCCUCAAUGAGCUGGAAAACAUCGACGAUGAGUGCGACCAGUUGGGAAUUAACUUCGUCAAGAUGGACGACCUCGAUGAGGCUAAGGACUACGGUGUGACGAAAUUCCCUAAGCUGGUCUAUUUCGAGCAAGGAAUUCCAACAGUGUUCGAGGGUGAUAUGGAAGACGAGGAAGAAGUGCUAGAAUGGCUCGAGCGCCAAACAAGUUCUGAUGAGAUUGAAGAUGUCACCGAUGAGAUGCUGGAUAUGAUUAUUGAUAAAAUGACCCACGUCGCGGUACUGUUCUACGACAAAGAUUCCAAGACAUCGCAGAAGGUGCUGGCAGAACUGGAAAACAUUGAUGACGAAUGUGAUCAAAAUGAUAUAGCAUUCGUGAAGAUUGACGACGAUAAUGAAGCUAAGGAGUGGGGCAUUGAAGAACUGCCAACUAUGAUCCUUUUUGAACGCGGCAUUCCACAUAUAUACGAAGGAGAUCUGAUGAAGGAAGAGGAACUGUUGGGCUGGCUCGUACAUCAAAAGAGGCAUUCGGAAAUCCCAGAGAUCACAGAUGAGAUGAAGGAUAAACUGAUGCGUACCUAUGAUCACGUUGCAAUUAUCUUCUACGACAAAGAUGAUAAGCAGGAUAUUCGUGUGUUGAACGAGCUGGAAAAUAUCGACGACGAGCUAGAGAAAGAGGAGAUCGUCAUCGCUCGCUUGGACAAUGCCGAGGAAGCCCGCGAGUAUGGUCUGGAUCAUCUACCCGCGCUGGUGUACUUUGAGAAUGAAAUCCCUGCCAUCUACGAGGGUGACUUGAUGAAUGAAGAGGAGGUGCUCGAGUGGCUUAAGUUGCAGAAGUACUCCGCCACCAUUGAAGAGGUGACGGAUGAGAUUCUGCAAGACCUAAUCGAAGAUCAUGAGUACGUGUGCGUUUACUUCAGCGGUGCCUGUGAAGAGGGCGAAAAGUGCGACAAAAUCCUUGACGACCUGGAGAAUAUCGACGAUGAGCUAGAUGAAGCCGGUAUCAUAUUCGUAACCACUGAAGAUACACUGACCGCCAAAAAGUACAACGUCAAAACACUGCCAGCUCUUGUAUUUUUCCGAAAUAAAGAUCCACUGAUUUAUUCCGGUGAUCUGAACGAUGAGGAUGAAGUUCUAGCGUGGUUAACCGAUGAAGAAACUUUGGAAAUUCCCGGAAAAAUUGAAGAAGUUAACAUUAAAAUGCUAGAGAAGAUUUUGUCAGAGAACGAUCACAUCGUUGUCUUCUUCUACCAAGACGAAGACAAGAAAUCGUUGAAAAUUAUCAACGAGUUAGAGAACAUCGACGAUGAAUGUGAAGAGAAGGAUAUAGACUUUGUCAAGACAUCUGAUGAUGACAUUGAUAAGGAGUACGAUUUGGAAACACUGCCAGCCCUAGUAUUCUAUCGCCACAAAUUCCGCACAAUUUACACUGGAGAUCUGAUGAACGAAGAAGAAAUCCUCGAAUGGGUUCUGCAGCAGUAUGGAUCGAAACCUGAGGUGAUCGAAUCGGUUGACCGAAAAACUCUGCAGGUACUCGUCAACGAGGUCGAACAUCUAGCUGUCCUGUUCUAUGAUGACGAUUGUGAAACGUGCCCAAAGAUUUUGGAAAAACUAGAAACCAUUGACGAUGACACGGAUAAGCACAAUAUCCAGUUUGUGAAAGCCAACGAUGAAAAACUCGCCCACGAAAUUGGCAUAUUUUCUUUCCCUGCUCUGGUUUACUAUGAAACUGGUGUCCCGAUUAUGUAUGAUGGUGAUCUUCUAAACGAAUACGACGUAGUAGACUGGAUGAAGGAUCAGAAAACAGACGAAAGUAUUAUGGAAGUCGAUCGAGAUGAACUUCUAGAGUUCAUCGAGACAAAGGACUUCCUUGCUGUUGUUUUUUAUCUGGAAGACGAUGAGAAUAGUCCCAAGAUCCUUCGACAUAUUGAACUCAUCGACGACGAAGCAGCCGAUUACGGUAUCCUGCUGGUAAAGUGCUCCGACAAGCUGAUGGCGAAAAAGUUUGGCUUCCGCAAUCCCCCGGGAGUAACGUACUUCCGCAAGAGUAAGGCCAUCAACUACGAUGGGGACAUCGACGACGAGGAGGAACUGCUCGAUUGGCUCACCAAUCCGCACAACAUGGAGAUGACAGAUCACAUCGAGAAAGUCAACCGGAAGAUGUUCCAAAAAAUUCGACAGGCUUCCGACUACUUGGCUGUAUUCUUCUAUAGCGACGACUGUAAGCAAUGUCCCCGAGUUCUGGCAGAAAUCGAACACAUCGACGAUGAGGCAGACGGAGCCGGCAUCAACUUCGUCAAAAUUGACGACAAACAAAUGGCCAAAGAGUACGGUGUUUAUGCUCUACCGGGUAUUGUGUUCUUUAAGCUCGGUUCGAAGGACCCCGUAAUUUACGCGGGAGAUCUGAACGAUGAAAACGAAAUCCUCAACUGGUUGAUGACGCAAAAGAAUCCAGGCGGAGACAUCAUCGAAGAUUUAAGCGGAACGAAACUGUUGAAACUGAUUGAGGAAUCCAGUUCGUUGGCUGUUUAUUUCUGGAACAAGACGACUUGCGAUAUUUGCAAUUCGAAACUCGCUCGUAAGCAGCGAAAAGUGAAGGAACGUCGAAGCUUUCUGCCUGCUACUUCGGCAGAAGCAGCCGAAGAAGUAGUCACAGAAGAGGCACCCGCAUCAGAUAGCACCACUUCAACGACAACUGAGGAUUCCGACAACUGCGAUCAGUGUACUGGAGUGCUAGAAUCGUUAGAAAACAUCGACGACGAUUGCGACCGGCAUGGAAUUAUGUUCGUAAAGACGGACGACUUCACUAUUGCGGAGUAUUAUGGCAUUUUCGAAUACCCGGUGAUGGUGUACUAUGAAGAUAACGUCCCGAACGUGUUUGAAGGUUCAUUGGAUGAGGAAGAGGAAGUAUUGCAAUGGCUCAUAACACAAAAGACCGAAGAUCGAAUCGAACUAAUCACCCGGGUUAUGCUGGAAUCUAUGGUUGAAGAAACUCAGUAUCUUGCUGUAUACUUCUAUAAAAACCAACCACCCUCUUACUGCCGAAGUUUUUGUUCAGCUGAAAACAUUCGUAAACGACAGGAAAUGACUCGGGUGGGAAUAUCAGACAAAAUCAAUUGCAACAUCUGCGAUCAGAUACUGGAAGGCCUGGAAGUGAUCGACGAUGAACUGGACGUGUUCGGUAUUCACAUGGUCAAGAUUCAGGACCCGCAACUGGCAAAGCGAUACUCUAUUAAGACCUUCCCAGCGUUGGUUUACUUCCGAAACGGUAACCCACUAAUCUACGAAGGGGAUUUGCAAAGUGAACAGUCAGUUCUCGAAUGGCUAAUCGAUGACGACAACCGUGAGCUGGCCGAUGAAAUUGAAGAAGUUAAUGAACGCAUGUUAGACCGAUUGAUGGAGCAAUCUCCUUUGCUUUGCGUUUUUUACUAUGACGAGGACUGCCAGGAAUGCGAAGAUAUUCUGGAGGAACUCGAGCUUAUCGACGGUGAGGUAGACCAGUACGGCAUUGAUUUCGUUAAAGUGGCGAGCCUUGAUGCUGCCCAUAAAUACGGAGUAACUACCAUUCCUUCACUGGUUUACUACAGGAAACAAAUUCCCAUGCUAUACGACGGAGAUCUUCACGAUCAUGCUCGCGUAAUGAACUGGCUAACAUCGCAAGACGUUUUCGAAAUCAAAAACGAAAUCGAAGAAGUUAACAGAAAAAUGCUAAACAAGCUGUUGGAUGAAAACGAUUUUCUUGCUAUCUACUUCUACGAAGAAGACCACGCGGAGAGCGAAGCUGUUCUGCAAAAGCUGGAGCUAAUUGACAGUGAAACGGACAAUUUGGAUAUCACCUUCGUCAAAAUGGGAGAUCCACGGUAUGCUCGUAAAUGGGGUGUGACCAAGUUACCAGCAAUCGUAUACUUCCGAAAACGAUUCCCGAGUAUCUACCGUGGAGACUUGUACGACGAACAGGAUGUACUGGAUUGGCUACGAAAAAACCGAUUCCGACAACCAGAGCUGAACGUUCUCAUGUACGGAUGCAUUGCAACCGCAUUGGGAUUUGUUGUCUACACCGCAUUUUUGCUGCAGUGCUUCAAACCUACACCACCAGCGCCAGUGCAGCAUCCCAAGCAAAAUUAGCCAUCUCUAACGGCUCCUUCAAUCCCAAAAUCCCAUCCCAGCGUCGUCCAGUCCUCUGACAGUAGAAACUGUCGCAAGACAUUUUUAAAACUAUUCUUAGGAUAAUAUAGAAAGAAAACAAAAAUUUCGAUAAAUUGUCAAAAAAAAUGUAAAGAUGGAAUAAACAUUAUUCAAGUAAG